CCGGAGGGAGGUUGGGGACAAAGGGGACAAAGGGGACAAAGGGGCUCCGCACCCCCGGAGCUGCCCCGUCCCGGCGCCGCUCGGGGCUCGGGGGGCUCGGCGGGACAAAGGGGUGACGAUCCCCAUACGCUCCGCUCUCGCCGGGGUGUUUUGGGGCCGAAAUGCUCUUUUCCAUCGAGAGACGGGGCCCGGUCGGAGCUGCGGCUGCGGUUCAGGCCCCGGCCGGACUCCUGGGGGAUGCUCCGGGCGCGGGGAGAGAGCGGAGCCCCCCGGGAACGGGCACCGAGCUCCUGCUCCGCUCCUCCCGCCGCCACCCGGAGCGGCCCUCGGUGCCCGUGGCUGUCACUCCUUCACCUGGGGGUCCCGGCGCCCCUGGCUUUGUCCCCUUACCCCGGGGCUCCCCCUGCCCCCCGGGCAGCCGCAUCCUCUCCCCGAGCCUCCUGUCCGUGCAGGGAAGGAGCUUCCCCGCGCCGCGUCCGCCGCACGCCCGGUGCCGGUGCCGCAGCCCCCGCAGCCCCCGCCCGGCCAUGGAGGAGCGCAGGAAGAAGCGGAGCCCGCAGAGCUGCCUGGCCCAGCCCGCCGGGGCCCCGCGGCCGCUGCCCCCCAGCAAGAGCGCGUCCUUCGCGCUGCCGCUGCCCUCGCCCCGGCAGCGGCCGCGGCCCCGCCGGGCCAGCAAGGAGCGGGCGCGGGCGGGCGCGGGGGGCGGCCGGGGGGCUCCGCUGCAGCACAGCUUCCUCACGGAUGUGUCCGACGUGUGCGAGAUGGAGCGCGGGCUGCUCAGCCUCCUCAGCGACUUCCACUCGGGAAAGCUGCAGGCGUUCGGUGAGGGACGGCGGGGGGGACAGAAGCUGCACCUGGCCGAGAGCUCGGACCCCGAGGACGCGGCGCCCUGA